AAAAGAGAAGCCCCAAAAGAGAAAGCGAGAGGGGGGUCGACGUUGUUUGAUUGCCAAUAAAAGCAUCGAAUCGGAGAAAAUUUGCCGAAGCUGCAACGAUGAUGAUGCAGUCGACGAGAGCUGCCGCCAUUGAAAUGUUCAGCUUCUGCGUCUGUCACUGAAAUGGGUGGGGCACCAAUCGCAAUCACCAACUGCCGUGAGCUACCGAGCUGUUCGUUGAGCCGCCGCUUUCGCUUCCGAUCCAAGUCUGCGUCGCCAUCAUCAGCACCACCACCAGCUUCCACUUCGUGCUUUUCUUUCCCGCGCUCUUCAAAGCUAUGAUCAUUUGCCUCGCACCCUCUAUUGGAUCUCAGCUGCAGAUCCACCUCCGUAAUAAUCAAAGCCAAUACCAGUUUCAAGCUCUCUCAUGGACCCGGCCUCUCGCCCAGCUGUAGUCAUCGACAAUGGAAGUGGGUAUACUAAGAUGGGUUUCGCUGGAAAUGUCGAGCCGUGUUACAUUGUUCCGACUGUAGUUGCCUUAAAUGAAUCGUUUUUGAACCCGUCCAGAACGUCCUCCAAGGCCGGCUGGGUAGCGCAGCACAAUGCUGGCGUGAUGGCUGAUCUUGAUUUCUUUAUAGGGGAUGAGGCACUGGAUAGAUCUCGAUCUAGUACGACUUACAAUCUGAGCUAUCCCAUUCGACAGGGCCAGGUCGAGAAUUGGGAUUCAAUGGAGCGGUUCUGGCAGCAAUGUAUAUUUAACUACUUGCGUUGUGAUCCUGAAGACCAUUAUUUUCUUUUAACUGAGAGUCCGCUUACUGCCCCGGAGAGCCGGGAGUACACGGGCGAAAUCAUGUUCGAAACUUUCAAUGUUCCUGGCCUUUACAUUGCCGUGAAUUCAGUACUUGCUCUUGCAGCUGGUUACACUACCUCUAAGUGUGAGAUGACAGGGGUUGUAGUGGAUGUUGGAGAUGGUGCAACUCACAUUGUACCUGUUGCAGAAGGUUAUGUUAUUGGGAGCAGCAUCAAGUCGGUUCCUAUUGCCGGGAAAGAUGUCACUCUAUUCGUCCAGCAGCUUAUGCGGGAAAGAGGCGAGAAUGUGCCACAAGAAGACUCCUUUGACGUAGCUCGAAGAGUGAAGGAAAUGUAUUGCUAUACUAGUUCUGACAUUGUCAAGGAGUUUAAUAAGCACGACAAAGAACCUUCCAAGUAUAUUAAGCAAUGGAGAGGCAUUAAGCCAAAGACAGGGGCGCCCUACUCUUGUGACAUUGGCUAUGAACGAUUUCUGGGUCCAGAGGUUUUCUUCAAUCCUGAGAUUUAUAGCACGGACUUCACCACUCCCUUACCGGUUGUAAUUGACAAGUGUAUUCAGUCUGCUCCAAUUGACACCAGGAGGUCUUUGUAUAAGAAUAUAGUGUUGUCUGGAGGUUCAACCAUGUUCAAGGACUUCCAUAGGAGGUUGCAACGGGAUAUAAAGAAGAUUGUUGAUGCCCGGCUUCUUGCAUCUGAAGCUCGAGUUGGCGGUGAAGUAAAAUCACAGCCAGUGGAAGUGAAUGUAGUUAGUCAUCCCAUCCAGAGAUUUGCAGUUUGGUUUGGAGGCUCUGUACUUGCAUCCACACCUGAAUUCUUUGCGGCUUGCCAUACAAAAGAAGAGUAUGAGGAAUACGGCGCAAGCAUAUGCAGAACAAAUCCUGUUUUCAAGGGGAUGUAUUGAUGCAAAUAUCGAUUUUGGCUGGACCACUUGCUGGCAAUUCCUGAUAAAAAUGGUAUUCCCCGUCAAUUCCACCUCCUACAUGCUCAGUAAUUUUACUUCCUGAAUCUGCCUGGUCAGAUGUGUACUCAUGUGCUGCUAGGGGCAGUGUAAAAUAUAGUUUCUCAGUUGUUAAUUUUGUAAGAGAAAUUUCAUUAGGAGGCAAUAGGUCUUCCUAAAAGCAGAUAGGAAAAUAGUCUACAGUGUUUUUUAGUCCGAGUGGCCCCUGAAGGAUCAGACGAGAAUCAUGAUGUGGGUGGACAUGAACCUGCCUGAAAUAUGCAGUUUUGAUGUUCAACUUAGAUAGAUAGAGUUUGCUUAAGAUUGUUACACUGUAGUGCAUUUCCGGUAGGUAGUUUGAUUCUUUCGGAUUGGAUUGGAUUGGAUUGGAUUGUUGUAGCACAAUAAUUUCUAAUUUGAGUUCAAAUAUAUUUCUAUUUCAAGACA